UGCCCCGUGGGGGUUCCUCCAGCAGCGUCCGAGGCUGCAUUCGGUCAAGAGCCUUCCUCCUUUUAUAUCCCGCUGCGCAAGCUGCAGGAUUUGGCCUCCAUGGGCAAUGCUGAAUAUUUCAAUAGCUCAAAAGAUGGCUCUGAUUCCUUGCAGGAGCUGGAAAUGAACGACUCCAGCCGGGACUCCCUGGAGCUUUGCAGUUCGUCGUUGUCGUUAGAUGGCUCCAGAGACUACCAUCUGCAGGAUUCUGCCAGGACUCUGGAUUUUGACUCUUUUUCUUCAUCCGAGGAAGACAAGGAGGAGGAUUCAGAAGCCUCCUUCAUCACAGCUGAGGAAAAUCCGGAGGAAGAAAUUCUCUUGAGGAUGGCAAAUAGAGCUACAGCCACCUGCAGUAAGGAAACCGACUCUGAGAACAGGGCAGACCUCCAUCUAGGAGACUGUGUAGAAAUUAGACCCAAUGAGACCAUUUCUGCCCUCUUAUCAACCCCACUUUGUUCUCCAAAGCAUGUACAAAAUAAUUCUUACCAAGAGUCGGCUAUAGGGAGCAGGACUGAGAAAACGGAUCUACCCUCAAUGCCUUAUUUACCUGGAGAUGCUGAUCUGAGGAAAGAAAACCAAUUCAGUCUCAUGAAAGUAUCUGAAAAGGAAGAUCCAAAUCCAACUCCCAUCAACUUAGGAAACUUGAUAGAAAGGCUUGAAUCUUCAAUUACUGCAAAUCCACCAACUCCAGGAUUACCAUCUGGUCGAACCAAGAAGAAACCUGCUCCAGUGAAAUAUGAAGCUGGAGAUCUUGUAUGGGCCAAGCUCAGCAGACGUCCGUGGUGGCCCUGUAAAGUUUGUCAUGAUCCUGUAUUAGAUACUCAUUCAAAAAUGAAUGUUACUAACCGCAAGCCAUAUCGAGAGUAUCAUGUGGAAGUAUUGGGCGAUCCAUCUGAAAGAGCCUGGGUGAUGGGAAAAUGUAUUGUGAUUUUUGAAGGAAGACAUCAGUUUGAAGAACUACCUAUCCUUCGGAAAAGAGGGAAACAGAAAGAGAAAGAUUACAAGCACAAGGUUCCUAAGAAAUUAAUGGCUAAAUGGGAGAUCAGUGUCGGCCUUAUUACUGAAUAUCUUAAGCAGAAUGGCAUGAAAAAAUGUAUCCGGACUUCUAGCAAGUUGGAGAGUAUCCAUUUAAUGGGAUCGUGUAAAAAGGAUUCUUUAAACGAGCAGAGCAGGCAUCUGAAUGGAUAUUUGAAACCAUUAGCAUUUGAUUCUAAACAUUUGUCCCAUGAUAAAGGGAAAAAAUUCACUAAAUCACAAAUGAGGAAGAACUCUGAUGCAAGGAAGGGGAAUAGAAUUAAGAAAUGUAACAUUAAGAGAGAGUGUGAAGGGGAAGUGCCAAUGAGCAAAGUUAAAAAUACAAUUUCUGAAAACAUGCCAGAUAAGCAGGCAUCUCAUGAACUUUGCAGAGCAGCAGAAAGCCUUAUGGGUUCCAAAUGUACAGUGGAAAACUAUUUGCUCUCUUCUUUUGGAGAAAGACAAUUUGAAAAUAAAUCUAAAAAAGCAGAAUAUGAUGUCUCUCAAAGAGACUGCCAACUUGAACCCCCCAAAAUAGAUUUGAAGAAAAUGAAAAGCCCCUCAGGCUUCAUGUCCAGUUCAACACAACAGCAGCCAUAUUCUGGAACUGAAGGUGGAAAUGAGAUAAAAAAAGAAAUGGACUCUGAUGGUAUCUGCGAUCUGGAGCCUCUUGACCAAAGUAUUGCAGCAGCAUAUAGAGAUCUAAAAAUUUGUGACUCUAUAAACAAAGGAGGAAAGGAACUGUCUUUGGGACAGAGAAGCAUUAAACGUCCUGUACCUCUCUCCAAAAGUAGUAGUAGAAAUCAGAAACCUCUGGAAGGCUCUUUAGAUAGGAAUGCCAAUGUUGAAGCAGGAGACAAGCAAUUCCAGCAGCCAUCCUUUGAAGCUGAGAGGAAGGCAUCUGCUUACAGGAAGGACAAUCUUACCAUGGUAGAUAAGCACACUACACUCCAAAGUAAAGGGUUUACAAGUCACAUGGAUAUUGAACAGCUUCAAUUCAGAACUACAAAAUGCAAACACAAAGGAUCUGCUGCUGCUACCACCCCCACAGAAUCAUCUCUUAAGAAAGAGGAAUGUAUCCCUGACAGCUGCUUUUCUACUACCAAAGGUGCUCCUGGGUUUCAACUAGAUACACCUGCCAAAAGUGGGAAGCUUGAUGGCUCUCAACUGCCAAACAGCACCAGAGAGAAAUCUCAUGAUUCUGCUGAAAUAGAAACAGCUGUUGUGAAACAUGUACUUUCUGAGCUGAAAGAGCUGUCCUAUAGGUCCAUGAAUGAUAAAGCUAAAGACUGUGGGCCGCCUAAGACUACGGUGCCCCUACUCUUUUCAUCUGUCUCUGGGCAAAAUCACUUGCCUAUUGAGCCUGAUUACAAAUUCAGCACCUUAUUAAUGAUGUUGAAAGAUAUGCAUGACAGUAAGACAAAAGAGAAACAGAUCAUGACUUCGCAGAACAUUGUCUCCUACAGAGGUUCUAGCAAUGGGGAAAGUGCUGGAAGUAAUACUCCGAGUGAUUUGACACCUUUGACUACAAUGGGAGCAACUCCUAAAAUAGAAAAAAAUCAAGAAAGUGCUCAAGAACCAGAAUGUCUUAAACCCAAAGAAGGUCAGUCCUCUUUUUCACAUGAUAUCACAACCAAGUUGAUCAAUCCUGGUGCUAAAAAAAGGGAACUCGCAAAUACGGCUGUAGCUGAUACACACUGCACCGCAAGGCGCAGCUAUCCAAAAUCUAAGCAACUAUCUAAACUAAUAGUUAACACAACAUCAAAGAGCAAAUCAUUAAAACAUUUAUUCAGUGCAGCAAGGAGAGUGUCCCACCAGCAUAGAGCUACCCUAAGCUCAGUUGCUAGAUCUCUAGACAAAACCCAGGAAGAUUUUGCAAGGAAAGUACCUUGGGAGUUGAUCCAACAUUCUCCUGGUGAAGACUCUUCGAGUUCCUCUGAUGGCAGUUUAGUUCAUGUAAAAAUGAAGUCAGAAUCUGGUAAAAAGAAAGAGAGCUACAGGCCCUUUGAAAAUGGGGAGUGCCUAGAGUUGGAAACAGGACUGAAUAGAGAAGGCUCCUUGGGGGAUGAGUCUAAAGAUGUAAGCCACGUAGCACCCAAAAAGCGAUGGAAGCGUUUUAACCAAAGCAGUUCUAAAGCUGUUGUAAAUGCAGAGAAGAAGCGCCUUAGAAAACCAAGUAAGAGGCUUCUAGAAUAUGCGGAAGAAUAUGAUCACAUAUUUGCAUCAAAGAAGAAAAAAAAGAGUCAAGAAUCAUUUCAAAAGACCAGUUCUCUGGAGAAGUCUGAAGCCAAACAGAAAAGCAGCAUUGAGAAACAAGCAUGUAAUAAACCUCUUGAGAAGAAGCCCUUGGACUCCAUUUCAUCCUCUUCUUCAUUAAAAGAAUCUCCUCCCAUCCUUGAAGCCGAGCGUCCUCUGUCAGAGGAGUCUGAUGUCCAGUCCAGGGAACCCAGAUUAGAAAUGCCAGUUUUGACGUUAUCUUCAGCAGACGUGUUGGAAUCUGUUGCCUCUGCUCCAGAUUCUCACGCACAGGGAGAAGAACCAAUAGUCAAACCAGGAAGCUUUGAGAGUAAGCGCCAGCGAAAGCCAACAAAAAAGCUCUUAGAAUCCAAUGAUUUGGAUACAACAUUUAUACCAAAGAGAGAGUGGACCUCUAUAAAGAAGUGUUCUGAGGCUGGUCCUUUGGAUACUGAAAUGCCUGAGCUUUAUUCCACAUCUCGGCUUUCAAAUGCUGUCGAAGCUCCUGAAAAAGUUCCUGGGAAACAGAGGAAGAGAAAACGUCAGCGACGCAGCUUGGCAGUAACUUCCUGUAAAAAAGAAAAGAGUGACAAUACCCAGGAGGAAACUCUGAACACAGAGGGUGACAGAUCUCAUGGAAUAGCUGGAAGCCCUAAGGAAACUACUGAGGAAGGUUCUGAAAAUGAUCCUGGGUUGCCUUCAUCCAAAAAGAUGCAGGGGGAGCGAGGUGGAGGAGCUGCUCUCAAGGAGAAUGUGUGUCAGAUCUGUGAAAAGCCAGGUGAAUUGUUGCUGUGUGAAGCUCAGUGCUGUGGUGCUUUCCACCUGCAGUGCCUCGGGCUCUCAGAAAUGCCGAAGGGCAAGUUUAUCUGCACUGAGUGUUCCACAGGAGUUCACACGUGUUUUGUAUGCAAGAAUAGUGGGGAGAAUGCAAAGCGUUGUUUACUUCCUCUGUGUGGCAAAUACUAUCAUGAAGAAUGUAUACAGAAAUAUCCUCCCACAGUCAUGCAGAACAAGGGAUUUCGCUGCUCACUGCAUAUCUGCAUGACAUGCCAUGCUGCUAACCCAGCUAAUAUUUCUGCAUCUAAAGGUCGCCUGAUGCGUUGUGUGCGGUGCCCUGUUGCAUACCACUCAAAUGAUUUCUGCCUUGCUGCUGGGACAGUGAUUCUUGCUUCCAACAGCAUUAUCUGCCCCAAUCAUUUUACCCCACGAAGGGGCUGUAGAAACCAUGAACAUGUAAAUGUCAGCUGGUGUUUUGUUUGCUCAGAAGGUGGCAGCCUUUUGUGCUGCGAGUCGUGCCCUGCUGCAUUCCAUCGGGAGUGCCUGAGCAUUGACAUGCCGGAGGGGAGCUGGUACUGCAAUGAGUGCAAGGCUGGCAAGAAGCCACACUAUAAGGAAGUGGUCUGGGUGAAAGUGGGGCGCUACAGGUGGUGGCCGGCUGAGGUUUGCCACCCUAGGACCAUUCCUGUCAACAUUCAGAAGAUGAAACAUGUCAUUGGUGAAUUCCCUGUUCUUUUUUUCGGAUCAAAUGAUUACCUUUGGACUCACCAGGCUCGAGUGUUUCCUUAUAUGGAAGGAGAUGUGAGCAGCAAGGAUAAGAUGGCAAAGGGAGUGGAUGGCAUUUAUAAGAAGGCUUUACAGGAAGCUGCUGUAAGAUUUGAAGAAUUAAAGGCACAGAAAGAACUGCGUCAGCUACAAGAAGACAAAAAGAAUGAUAAGAAACCUCCACCAUACAAACACAUUAAGGUAAACAGGUCUGUGGGCAAAGUGCAGAUCUUCACAGCAGAUUUGUCUGAAAUACCACGCUGCAACUGCAAGCCUACAGAUGAAAACCCCUGCGGCUUGGAUUCAGAGUGUAUUAACCGCAUGCUGCUCUACGAAUGUCACCCUGCGGUUUGCCUAGCUGGAGAACGCUGCCAAAAUCAGUGUUUCACCAAGAGACAGUAUCCAGAAGUAGAAAUUGUCCGUACUUUAGCACGUGGAUGGGGUUUGCAAGCUAAGAGAGACAUUAAAAAGGGUGAGUUUGUGAAUGAGUAUGUGGGAGAAUUGAUAGAUGAAGAAGAAUGUCGGGCCAGAAUCCGCUAUGCUCAAGAACAUGAUAUUACCAACUUUUACAUGCUGACCUUGGACAAGGAUCGAAUAAUUGAUGCUGGACCAAAGGGCAAUUAUGCUCGAUUCAUGAAUCAUUGUUGCCAGCCAAAUUGUGAGACACAGAAGUGGUCAGUGAAUGGAGAUACGCGUGUUGGGCUGUUUGCCCUUGUAAAUAUUAAGGCAGGGACUGAGCUGACUUUUAACUACAACCUGGAAUGUUUGGGGAAUGGGAAAACAGUUUGCAAGUGUGGAGCACCAAAUUGCAGUGGCUUCCUUGGAGUACGACCAAAGCUGCAGGAAAGUGGGAAUGUCCUUGGCAUCAGUGUGAUGUGUGUAACAAAGAUUCAGCCUCCUUCUGCGAGAUGUGUCCCCGAUCAUUCUGCAAACAGCAUCGGGAAGGCAUGCUGUUUAUCUCCAAACUGGAUGGACGCCUGUCAUGCACAGAACACGAUCCUUGUGGACCUAACCCUCUAGAGCCAGGAGAGAUUCAGAAAGCACUGCGGCCAGUCGACCAGAAUGCUCAACCCAAAGAAAGAGGCUUUGUGACUGUGGAGCAGAACCCUCAGCCGAAAGAACGGACAUCUGUAUCUGGCGAGCAGUCUUGUCGGCCAACGGGGAAAUGUCCACCCUUCCCAGGGCAAACCUCCUGUCCGCUAGAGAACUUGCAAAUGCACGAAAAGACCUCUUGGCUUAGUGCAAAAGGGCUGCCAUCCAUGGAGCAAUCUUUUUGGACAGCUGAGAAACUGCAGUCUCCUGAGCACAGUCUCUGUCCAGGCCAAGAAGCAAUAUCUGCACCCUCCACGGAGCAGACAUUUUGGUCAACAGAGAGAUUGUCUGCAUUUGAACAACCCCCUUGGCCUGGAAGGGAAGCUCCACUACCUUCUGGGCAAACCUCAUGGCUGACCAGAAACAUUCAGACAUUGGAGCAGAUCUCUCGGCUCUCUGGGAAAACACAAACGCCUGUGGGGCAGGGCAUCUUGCCUUUGUCUGAGCAAAAUGCGGUGCUAGGACUGGACCAGGACUCCCCUGGCCACGAACCUCCUGAGUCUAAAUCUAAGUGAAGCCAGUUUGAGGCCAGACGGGUCACCUAUUUGUUUUUAUUGGUUUUUUAAUUGUAUGGGAAAGGAUUGUUUUGGUUUGUUGUUUUCUUUUUAAUCCACUUCCCCAGUUUCUUAACCUUCAACAACAUCCUGCUCAAGCUAUUCAGACGUAUUUUAACUAAAUCUCUAUGAUGCCCAACCAAGGAGCAAGAAUGUAGGUGGUCUUUACCUUCAUUUCGCAGACAAUAAUGCUGAUAUAAAGGAAUCCGCUUGGGAUAAAAUAUUUAAUUCCAUUAAUCAGAGUUUACUAAUUUUGUGAGUCUGAAUCUAGGAACAGACUUGUGUUCCUAGAUUAUUCCCAUGUAGCUCCAAAGAAAUAGUUGUUAUCAUGACAAACUUCCUCACUGGCCCCUCGUAUUUCCAAAAUGUUUAACUAAUGAACCCAGAUAUUGAGGGCACGCAAGGAAAUGCAGCAGGUUUUUAGUCCUUAAUUUUCAUUCCUUGCAGUCUAUCUGCUGUCAGGGUGGAGCUUUUCAAAUGCAGGUGCUUUAAAAAAAAUACUUGAAGUUAGUUGAGGACGUCAGUUCUGCAAAACAGAAGAAUGUACCUCAGUGAACCUAGGUCUUACAGUGGGAGUAUUCAGAAAUACUAUCUGUUCGAUUCUUUGGGACUUAGACCUUUAGUGCAAUGGCACCAGAGCUCCCUUUUCAACAGAAUUUUGGCCACUAAAGACACGAGCAGGUUAGAAAAAUAAGUACAUUAUUCAUCUAGCUUUUCAGUGCAGCAUUGUUGUGUUGGAUUUUGUUUUGUUUUUACAAUUUGUUCACCAAAGUCAUCUUGUAGUCAAAGCUGGUAGUCAGUGUGGACAAAUACAACUAACGUUCCUCUUUUCCAUGGCAAAUCUGCUUAAAAAUAAUGUUUGCAUUAUGUAUGGGUGCUUUUCUAAAUUAUAAGCUAAUUCAGAAAACUAAACAGUUGAUGACCUAUAUGAGAAUAAAUGUUCAAGGUGAAAAGUGAAUAUUACUAUUCUGAUUAGUAUCUAGCUUAGCAAGCCUUUCAUAUUGUCUCCUGCAACACUCCCACACCCCACCUACAGAAAAUUGACUUGAAUUUAGUGGGGCAGCCCCAAGGUGUCCUGUUGUUUAAAGAGAGAGAGAGAUAGCUAAGGUCAUAGUUCUCACACUGGAACAUGAAGAGCUCUAGCACUUGCCUGAGGUUCUCGUUCUUUUUUCUUUAUUUUUCCAGUUAAUGCAGCAUUUUAGUCUUGACUGGUUGCUAGAUUGAUAAUACUGUCUUUCCGUUAAGGAGAAGCAUUUAGUAUUACAUAAAGAGGCAGAUAUAUUAUCUGCACCACAGAAAUAUAACUUGCGAUGGUAGUGAUGGUGGUUUCUUUAAACUGUAGCUGGGGAAUCAAAUUAUUACUUCACCGUGUAUAUGACGAUAUAAUUCACUCUGCAGGGCCUUCACAUAUAUAAUAUGGCUUACACUUCAUACUACAAAAUCAGCAAACUAUUUGACCAUUUUUAGAUUGCCACCUUAUUCUAUUUGCCUGGGCAUUCUGAACUCUCACAGACUAUUAAGCUCCAGUUUGAAGCAAAAAACUUUUGAAUAGCUCCCAUUUGGUCCUCUUUAGAUGUUCACAUUUUGGCACAGAGCAGAAAUUCUAACUCUGUCCCAAUCUAGAGCCUCUCAUCUUGGAAUAGAUAACUGGGGUAUUCAGGGCCUGUAGGCAAUCAUCAAUGUUGCAGUGGCAGUUCAAAUUCAGAUCCAUUACUUUUUUCAAUGUUGGCUUUCCACAAUGACAGUAUCUACUCGGCACUGCGAAAUAUUCCCUACCUGGUUGUGCAUCUCAUCCUCUUCUCUGAUUCAUUUCAUUCUCUCCAAGUGCAGCUAAUGACUUUGUAAAAAGCAUUAUGACUAAAUGGAACCUUAGUGCUUAAAGUUGGUUUUCCUUGAACACCUGCAGGCCGAGCGCUGCUAAUUGCUGAAAAUGGCGAAAUGCAAACACCUUUUGUUUCUGCGUGACUCCUGCCCAAAAGGAAACAGGACAGUUCUUCUGAAUGAGACAGAUACAAGAAACCAAGGGCAUUUUACCAAAACUUUUUAAAAUGAAAAGAUCCACCUUUUUGAACAAUCAAGCAAGUCAAGCCAAUCAUGAGGCUCAGCAUAUUAAACAUUUCUCAUGUGGAAACAAAACGAGGCUCUAAAUUUCUCUAGGCCUUCCCGUGAACUGGACUUUAUCAUAUAGAUUGUGUGUUUAGGGCUUCCUUUGUGCCAGCCCCUGCCCUCCCUUCACAGCUGUACUUGUAAGAAGAGAGAUAUCUGCACUGCUUUAUCCAACUUGGUUCUUGCAAUGUCAUGUGUUUUAACUAGGUAUUUGUUUCAUGGAAAAAAAAAAUAAACUGUGAAUAUUUUUGGUGGAGGCUAUUUUAAAUCUUUAAAACUCAGAAUUUUUUAUUUUGAAAUCUUUUGUUCAGAUUCCUAGGGAUCAUGUAGGUGACUGUAAGAACUGGGAUUUACGUAGCAGCACAUUCUGAAUCUUUGGCUAGGAACUCAUGAUUGAACCAAUUUAAAUCUUUCAAGUGGUAUUUCAAAACAAUUGCCCAAUGACUUAUUUAAUAUUACGCCUUUCAUCUUUUCAGUGUCCUUAAACUGAAUUUGUUUAAAGUCCAAAGCUGUUAACUGAACUAAGUAAUGAAAUAGAAAACAUUGCAAAAGUAAAGCUGGAGCAACUUGAAUAUUUUAUCAAACACAACAGACUUCUCCAAGUCCAGGGUUAAUUGUCCAGGUCAUUAAGCUAAGUAAAUAAACUACAAGGUGUAACUUCAGGAAAAUAUGAGGCAUAAGGAGGAAUCACCACCCAGGUCUCAGUUAGCAUAAGGUAAGUUGCAGUCUCUAUAACCAGAUGACCACGAGGCAGGAAAUUCUUCAUUAGAAGGGACACUGGUCAAAUAGAGAAUGCCAUCAGUCCAAAAGAAAAGAGCAAAUGAGGGUUGGAGAACAUAGUUAAUAAAAGUUGAAUUUCUAGGGGCUAAAAUAGUCUUGAAUUUAAAGUUGUUUGGGCAUAUUUACUCUACUCUGCUGUUGAGUAGUGGUAUCUUGCUGGAAUUGUGGAUUCGCCUAUGUGCAAAUAUUUUACUUUGCUAUCAUGUUUAUUUUAGACAGAAAAAGAAAUGGUCUAUAACUAAGAGUCUGGUCUAGGGUCGUGCAAUUUUGGUAGAUGUGGGUCUGAGAUCAUAUUUUGUCUUUGAAAAAUGGGCCAAGAAGGCACAUUCCAAAAAUUAAACAGAUUGGAGAAUUGAGAACAAUCUGGGCUAGAAUUUAAUGUAAAUACAUACAUACAUACACACAUACAUGCAGUGUGCAUUUUACAGUUUGGGUGACUGUAUAAAACUGUAAAGAAUACAAUUUGUGCCUCUCCUUUUUCCAAACAUUUUAUCUAAGCUUUUGAGAAGGGAGAAGUGAACCUUAAAGCCUGCAGGUGCCUAGAUCUGUUCAGAAACACAUGAAGCUGUUAAAAAGGUUUAUUUUUAAUAUAUAGGCUACUUGUGGGAUGUGUACAGUGUAAAACUAAAUUGAGGGCACUCAUUGGUCAGUCUUGUAAUAGUUACAAGUUAAACAUGUUUAUUUCCCAGAGGCUUGAAUGGGGCUUGUUUAUACAUGAUCAUGAUAAUAUUGAAGUAUAUGGAGAAUUCUGGCCAGAACGGUUCAGUAAUGUGCUGCUAACCAUUCCAUAUUUCAUGCUUCUCUGUACCAGUUUUCUGCAUUUUCCUGCAGAUGGUAAAUUGACUGCAAGUUAGGAUGUAUAGUUUUAAAAUGUGGGCGUAUUUUUAAUUAAAAAUGGGAAUUUAGAAUUAUAUGUAAUAUUCUGCAGCAUUCAUAUGCUUAUGUUCAAUUUUUAAAAAAGUCUUUCCUCCAAAUACACGUAAUUACUAAUGAGCUACAUAAAAAGAAUUUAUUACCCCUUGUGUUGCUAUAUGAGAUUUUACAGUGUGGUUGAAUUCCUUGGAAUGUACAAAGCUGUUGAAACUAAUUUGACCAUUUAAGAACAUUGCAUUACAGGAAUUGAGAUAACAUUCACAUCCAAGAUCAAGAUGCAUUGGCUUAUUCAAAUAUUGACAGAAAGUUACACUAAAUAAUGGACACAUCUCUGUCUCCUUUUCUAGAUUUGCAAUUGUUAGUAUGUUCAAGGUGGUAGGGAACAAUUUAUAUGACAGCCACUUGAAUGCGCUAGUCCUUUUGGACUUCAGGUUGUUAUAUGCUUUCUGCUUCUGCAGGGCAACAUCUUGAAAAGUUGUAGUAAGUGCAGCUCAAAUUCAUCCUGCACUCUUGACUAGAUAAAUCCCCGAAGCUGUGCAUUCUGCUCAUCACCAGAUAAGCCAGAUUACAGAAAGCAUGCCCUUUUGGUUGUAAAGUUGAAAAAACCCUGAGGCAGCAGGAUAUCCCAUUGAUCAUUUUUUGAUACUGUACUUUACGGUGUGAUGAUUUUACAUUUGCUAGGUGUGUCAUCUGAAGAGAGAUGCUUUUGUAAGAGCCUAAGAGCUUAUCCUAGUAUGUGGUCAAAAGUAUUAAGAGAGGCUUGCUUACAUUUGAGGGUUCAAAACAAAAGUAAUGUUGAUUCAGGAGAGGGGGAGAUGGUGGAAGAGGAUCUUGUGUUUUAUCUGUUGCGGAAAAAGCAAAUUCCUUGCAGCAUUUUAGAGACUUAACAAAUUUAUGACAAGUUUGGGGGUUGCAGUUCUUAAAACAGCUGCAGAACUAUUGUUCAUACUUUUGGUCAUUUAUAACAGUGAUUUUAAACUUUAAAGAAAAUCAUAUGUUGUCUUUAUGAAACCAAAAUAAAAAUGAGUCAGAUAAGGUAAUUAGCACUUAGUAAUGCUAACAUGAUGGAAGGGGAGGGGGGAGAAUUGUUUCUCCAAUAUGCAUUGUUUCAUUCUCAGGCAUGUUGGUUACUGAUUGUGGAGAGGGCAUCAGUGGGAAUUAUGGCUAAGCAGAGCUGUUUGCAGGAGAUCUAAACAGUAUAUGCUGCCAUAUCCCUCCAGUGCUUAAUUUUACCUGCAUGGAUGAUGAAAAGGUGUCAACAAAGCAAAUGCCUAUAUUUGUGGAAAAAACCAGCCCUAUAUGGCUAUGCAGAGCUGCCCAAUUCAGAGAGCUGGCUGUCAGAAGAAAUUUUUGGAAUAGCUACAUUGGAAGAAGAUAAAGUGUCUUUGGAUUAUUAUUUUCAUUUUGCUUCCCAUACCUAGUUGACUGUAUGUGAAAUUUAUAAUAAUUGGGGGAGGGGGGGAGGUUGCCCUACCUGGCGUUCCCAAAAUAUGUACUGUAAUUCUUUGUAUAUAAAAGAACGUAAUUACUGUAAAGUAAAGUUUAACUUUACUCUUA